AAAACGCGUGCUUCAAAGUUUUUGGAGAGCCGAUCUGCGCUGUAACAGAAGAAGAAAAACGCUGAUGGUUCAACAGAAACUUCCAAACCUAAACAUCUCCAAUUAGCGCAAAGAUGCGCUUCAACAGAAAACUUUAAAGAGAGAGACUACACGUCAAAUCGCUUCCUUUUGGGGGUUAGGAGGAGGUGCGUGUUCAGCCUCAGUGGGUAAAAGAUAGAGAAAGUGCGAGAAGUUUGCCAAGAACGGAAGACAGACUGUUUCAGAAGAGACUUUUAGAAGUUUUCGGUUCCAUCAAGGCUGCGCGAUGCGCAUCAGAAUCACCGGAGAGGCACUUUGGUUAGUUUGAGCCCUGCGCACGUCUUUGGGAAGCUCGCUGUGAACGGGGCAGAACGGGAGAAAUUUUGGUGUGUUGUGUUGUUGGGGGGCAGGAAAAGAAGAAGAAGAAAAAAAAACCCUCUUAAUUGUUCAGUCCGUCCCUCAUUACCAUAUCCAAUGCGCGUCCGCUGGACCCCAGCCAAUCCUCCCCACCUUCACACGGUGCCAUUAAUCGCGAGGCAUUAUUCACUAUCAUAAUUAUUAUCCCGACAUGCGCAAUCCCACGCACAGUGACAGAGGCGACAGGAGCGGCAACACUGGCUAAUUUUCCCAGAUUGCAAACCAACUUCACACACUUUCCAAGCGCAGCAGACUGUCUGUGAACUUUUUUUUUUUUUUUUUUUGAAAUAUCAUUUUAUUUUCAGCGCUCUUCGCUGAUGCAUCUGCACAGCGCGGACACAUCAGCGUCAAGUCAGCGCAAGCAGCACAGAGAGCACCCCAGCCUGCAGCCACAGCAGCAUGUCCCGACGCAAGCAAGCCAAGCCGCAGCACCUCAAGUCGGACGAGGAUCCCGCACUGAGCGGGGUGAUCUCCGAGCACGAUAUGACUGUACCACUCGAUGACAUGCGCACACACGCGGAGCCAGCCUCAGAACGAGCCGAGCCUCCGGCAGGUCUGAGGGAUGCUUUGGGAUCAGUCGAGGGAAACGCACACUUGGCAGCCCAAGGUGAUGUGCUGGAUGAUGCUGACAGUGGGAAUGAGAGCCGAAGUGGCAGUGAAGAAACUCACGUGUGCGAAAAGUGUUGUGCCGAGUUCUUCAAGUGGUCUGAUUUCUGUGAACAUUUAAACAGCUGUACAAAGAACCCCCUUGUGCUCAUUGUGAAUGAAAAUGAGGACACGCCUAACCCUUCCCAGGAGUACCCUUCGGAGCCCUCACCGAUCCCGAGCUGCAACAGUGAGCAAGAUGAUAGUGAGGACGCUCCGGAAGGGAACCAGAGUCCUGUCGGUGAGGGAGAUGACAUCCCAGAAACAGAUCCCUUAAAUGGGGUCAAUGUCCUGGACAAGGAAGAUGAGCAGAUGGAGCUGGAGCUUUCUCCUGAAAAAAAUAUAGAUUCUGAAGAAAGAGAUGUGACAUCACCUGAGCCAGAUGGCUCUCUACCUCAGCUAAACGAUGUUGUCCCCACUGCAAUUACAAACUACACCAUGCCAAGCACCAAUGUUACCUUGGAGACUCUCCAUGGUACUCGAGUUGCAGUUGCCCAGUUUUCGCAGAGUGUUAGAGCAGCAGCUGGAAGUGGGGUCUCCACCAUGGCUAUCCCAAUGAUCCUGGAUCAGCUUAUGGCUCUUCAGCAGCAACAGAUUCAUCAGCUGCAGCUUAUAGAACAAAUACGAAGUCAAGUAGCCCUCAUGAACAGACAGUCUACUCCACAACCUACUCUCAACCACCAUCACAGCAGUGCUACAGGAAACCAAGGCUCUAUAUCUUCUUGUGUCCCUCCUGUUGCAAACCAGCUUCAUUUACAUAAUUUCAUUACACCGCCUGUCCAUCAGCUACCUGUCCGGCUGCCUGCCACUCUUAGUGGUCAAGGCCCCUCUCCUCUGACCUCAGCAAUAGAAGGGCCUCUCUCUCAAACACCACAGAGUAGUACUCAGCAAUCUAACUCCUCGCCUCCAAACACAUCAUCAAAUAAUACAGCCUUUCCACCACCAAGUUGCACUGGCUUGCCAGCUCUACAUCCCUCCUGCUCAUCCACUGUCUCAAAUAACAACAGUAGCACUAGCAGUAGCAUGACAGGAGGAGGAGGUGGCAUCAGCAACAGCUCAUCUCUUUCAAGAAGCUCCACAACCCCUCCCUCUCUAAGUCACAGCAGCCUCCUAAACUCUGCCUCCAGUCUACCACUGAUACCUCACAGUUCCUCGAGCAGCGUAAUUUUCCCCAAUCCACUGGCUAGCAUUGCUGCAACAGCCAAUGCACUUGACCCUCUUUCUGCUCUAAUGAAACACAGAAAGGGAAAGCCUCCUAACGUGUCUGUGUUUGACACUAAGCCCACGUCUGAAGACCCCUUUUUUAAACAUAAGUGUCGGUUCUGCGCCAAAGUGUUUGGCAGUGACAGUGCCCUGCAGAUCCACCUGCGCUCUCACACCGGAGAGAGGCCCUACAAGUGCAACAUAUGUGGCAAUCGUUUUUCUACCAAGGGGAAUCUGAAAGUCCAUUUCCAGAGGCACAAAGAAAAAUACCCGCACAUUCAAAUGAACCCAUACCCUGUACCAGAGUACCUAGACAAUGUUCCCACAAGCUCUGGUAUACCAUACGGCAUGUCGUUGCCCCCAGAAAAACCUGUUACUACAUGGCUUGACAGUAAACCAGUCCUUCCCACUGUCCCAACAUCAAUUGGACUCCAGCUGCCUCCAACACUCCCAAGUAUGAUUGGAGGUUUUUCCGAUUCCCCAAGCCUCACUCCACUUAACAGGUCUCCUCAGAGACCUUCUCCACCCACAAGUGAGUGUGCCUCUUUGUCCCCAAAUAUUGCCAGUGAUUCUGGCAUGACCACUACUUCACCCUCCCCAAAACCUAAUAUUGGUAGUGAUGCACCUCCUCUCUUGAAACCUGAAGGCAUUCUCCUGUCCCCAAGUUGCCUCAACAGGCCAAUAGAGAGCAUGACCACCACAACAACAGUAAGUCAAGCUCUUCUUCCCUCCACUGUCACAUCUACAACAUUUUCAAGCAAUGGCCAAAAUACUGAGCCAAACAAUAGCCCCAACUCUGCUUCGAAUACAGUCUCCCAUCCCGUCCUUCCAAUGAUUUCUGACCAGUUUAAGGCCAAGUUUCCCUUUGGAGGACUAUUGGAUUCUAUGCAAACCUCUGAAACGUCAAAGUUGCAGCAGCUUGUUGAAAACAUUGAUAAGAAGAUGACCGACCCCAACCAGUGUGUCAUCUGCCACCGUGUUCUGAGCUGUCAGAGUGCUCUAAAGAUGCACUACCGUAUCCACACUGGUGAGAGGCCUUUCAAAUGCAAGAUAUGUGGACGAGCAUUCACUACUAAGGGAAAUCUAAAGACACACUUUGGUGUCCACAGGUCAAAACCCCCACUAAGAGUCCAGCACUCCUGUCCUAUAUGUCAGAAAAAAUUCACCAAUGCUGUUGUGCUCCAACAACACAUCCGUAUGCAUAUGGGUGGACAGAUUCCCAACACCCCUGUCCCUGACAAUCUGCAGGAGAUGGAAACUGACAUUUCUUUUGAUGAAAAGAGCCUAGAUGCAAUGAGUAACUAUGAUGAUGACCUCCUUGAUGAAAUGGAGCAGGCUAUGGAUGACGAAGUGGACUUAAAAGAUGGAGAAGUGGACCCUUCUAAGCCGUACUCACCUGGGAGCUCACCCCCAGCUUCUAUAAUUUCUAGUAUUGCUGCAAUGGAAAACCAGAUGAAGAUGAUUGACUCUACUGCCAAUAUAACUCGCACAUUUGGCCAUAAGACAGCACAGAAUGGCAGCAGUUUUCCUGGAGAGACUGACUGCUUUACAACUGAUCCCCUAACUGCUGUGGGAGAUGCUGAAGGUCAGAGCUUGGGAAGCCCGGCUUUGUCAGAGUCCUCAGGCUCUAUGCAGCAUUUGUCCCCAGCUCACAGCCAUUCUGAGAGCCAGCAAUCCAAAUCCCCAGCUACGCUCAAUAAUAAUAACACCAGUAGUGCAAUGACAGCAGAGGAGGGCCAAGAGAACAAUACUGCUGGCUUGGCAACAGUGAAGUCAGAAAAAUCAGAGACCCCAUCUCCCCUUUCUACUACUGAAGGCACCGGGGCCCUAGACUUGACUGCCACUCAACCUGGCAGGAACCUUAUCAAGGAGGAGAGCCCCUUCAACAUGUUAUUUCUAAACAGAGAUCGGGGACUAAAUACUCCCAAUUUAGCAAGUACAGCAUCAAACAUGAUUAAAAUGGAAAUGAAUGGACAUGGAAAGUCUUUGAGUGACAACUCUCACCUGCCUGUGGGGAUUCAGGUUCCAGCCGCAGCACCUCAGACCACCAUGAGUCCCACAAUCAACCCUAUGUUGGCACCCCCACCUCCACGUCGCACCCCUAAGCAGCACAACUGCCACUCAUGUGGAAAAAACUUUUCCUCAGCUAGUGCACUUCAAAUCCAUGAGCGCACACACACAGGAGAGAAGCCUUUUGCCUGCUCUAUUUGUGGAAGGGCCUUUACCACAAAGGGCAAUUUGAAAGUUCACAUGGGAACACAUAUGUGGAACAACGCUCCUGCCCGGAGGGGUCGACGCCUAUCAGUGGAGAAUCCCAUGGCCCUUCUUGGCGGUGACGCCAUGAAGUUUAGUGAGAUGUUUCAGAAGGAUCUGGCAGCCCGGGCCAUGAACGUUGACCCAGGCUUCUGGAACCAGUAUGCAGCUGCCAUCACCAAUGGUCUGGCCAUGAAGAACAAUGAAAUAUCUGUAAUUCAGAAUGGGGGCAUCACCCAGCUCCCUGUCAGCCUCGGAGGUGCAGGAAUCACUUCGUUAGGAGCCAUGCCAGUAGGUAUGGAUCGUGUUCACACUGGCAGAAGCUCUCCCAUCACGGGUAUGGAGAAGUCUGGUCUGGAGGUUCCAUCCAGUCGACCCUUUUCCAGAUAUAUGGAGGAGAACAAAGAGAUUGGGAUCAAUUAAAGACUUCUGUAUUGUAGCAGUUUCAUAAAGACUAAAGUAUGAUGAGACAAUUCCUGAGGAAGAAAACUGCUGAUCCAGUUUGAACUCAUGCAUACUUCUCUUUGUACAGAUUACAUUUUUGUUUGGUUUUGGAAUUAUGGUAUUUAGUAUUGAUUAGAGGCCUUUGCCUUUCACCCAUUCCCUUCUCACUUGAUAUUUCGUCUAUACAAAGAAAUCUUUGUCUCUUGUUUGAGAAUAUGUCGUCUUGCAAGAUAUGCAUGGUACUUAUUUGUUUUUAUUGGUAUGUUUGACUGCUUUUAUGAAUUCCUUUGGAAACCAGGAUUCUGCCUAAGUGACAAUGGGCAAGCAUAUUUUACGGACAGGACAAACUCGCAUAAGAACAUCUUUUUGUUCAAAGAGAUUCUGACUUUUGUCCAGUUGUCCUGUAAAAGGUUGCUCUUUAAAUCUAAGGGCCGUGACAACACUGAAGAAAAGAUCGAAGUGUAGUGUUUUUGUGCUCGCUUGAUACAGCCUUUUUUCUCAUGAACUAGAAAACUUGAAAAAUAACGUUUAAACUAUUUUAAUCUUUACAUUUAGUCUCUCAGCAUUGUCUUAUAAUGUUGUCCCGUGUCUUUAGUAUUUAUGAUAUUGACAAAAAAAAAAGCGGGUAUUCAAAUAUAUAUUUAACAGCCCAAGCAUUUUGUUGAGUUCUUUUUUUUUUUAUAAACAGCAGGCUUCACUGAUGAUUAUCUCUGUUAUUAAAGACAGUUUGUCAGUUGAGUUGAUCAACAGAGAGAAAUUGUAGGUUUUAUUUGGAUAUCUGUUGACACAAUGUGUAUCUUCUCAUGUGAUAAGGAGGCAAAAGAUAUCCAAAGCUGCUAUAACCACCAACCCUGAUUUUAACCUUUGUAAAAGAGAAGGAAAAAAGAGGUGAUCUUUUGAAGAAAUAUCUAUGUAUAGAAAUACAGACAAAUCUAAAACAGGUAUGCAUAUUUUCUAUCACAUAAAAUAGACAUCAUGAGUUGAGAGUUAUUUGUCAUGUUUGUGAAUGCACUUUUUAAAAACAAGACGUUUUUGUCUGUGAUUUACCGUUAACCUUUUGACUGAGCUAUCUAUCACGUGCUGUUUUCAUUGUUUUCAGCAAACCACUGCUCCAGCUGACUGAGUCGGUUUCUGUUAUUGCAUCUGUUGCAUCUCGUCAGAGUGCAAACCCAUCGCCCAAUCCAAUCCCCCCUUAAAUAAAAAAGGAAAACAGGUGUGUGUUUGAAUGGUCUCGCUAUCUUC